AAACCUUUAUGUUCCAAAGAAAAGUAACGAAAACAGAAAGGAAGAGGCUGCCACGUGUGACACUACCUGGCAAGCAGCCGUUGCACUCUCUCUCUCUCUCUCUCUCUCUCUCAUCAUCACUGUCACACCGCAAGCCAACCCUCAUCCUCAGGCCUCUCCCUCCAUACCCCCUCCCCAAUUUUUUCCUUAUUUUUCUUUCUUUCUUUUCUCUGAAAUCCCACUAAACCAAUUCACACAACACACCGACAUAUUUUUAAUCCAAUCUUGGAAGAACCCUAUUUUUCAUUUUUAUCUAUUUAUUCACCAGGUAUUUUACUUUCUUUUAGAAUCUAGGAUUUCUUUCUUUCUUCUUCUUUUUUUUCCUUUUAUAUUACACGAUCGAAUCUGGGUUCUUAAAGGAGGGUUCUUUUUGAUAUUUUGAGUUGUUUAAAACAAUAGUUUCUCUUGGUUUAGAUUGUUGUCUUAACAUUUAAUUUAGGGUUUCUUUAUCUUCGUUUUUAUUGGUGGGGUGGUGGCGGCAUUAGUUGGAAACGACUUUUGAUAUGGAUGGUUUUGAUGAUUUAAGGGUUUUUUUAUGAGCUGCCUAAUGAAGAAUCAGUAUUGUAUGCAUUCAAGUCUGAUAAAGCUGUUAGUAUUGAUGUGUUGUGAGGUGAUGAUUCAUGUGUAAUAAAAGAAUUGAAUGCUUGAACAAGGCUGUUAAUCCUGUUGAUAACCAGCAAGCCUUUCACUUUAUGGAUACACCAAUGUCUACCACUAAUUCCACAGCUGGUUCCAACCCUGGUUCCAACGAUGAUACUCCCCGUGUUAAGUUAUUGUGUAGUUUCUUAGGUAGCAUAAUGCCUCGACCUCAAGAUGGGAAAUUGCGUUAUGUGGGUGGAGAGACGCGGAUUGUGAGUUUGCCUAUGGAUAUUAGUUAUGAGGAGUUGAUGAGUAAAAUGAGAGAGCUUUAUGAUGGGGCGGUGGUGUUGAAGUAUCAGCAGCCUGAUGAGGAUCUUGAUGCAUUAGUUUCGGUUGUGAAUGAUGAUGAUGUGACUAACAUGAUGGAGGAGUAUGAGAAAUUGGGUUCUGGGGAUGGUUUCACCAGGCUUAGGAUUUUUCUGUUUUUGAAUACAGACCAAGAUGGUUCGGCGCAUUAUGUUGAUGGGGAUGGGAGGGAGAGCGAGAGGAGGUAUGUGGAUGCGCUGAAUAAUUUGAAUGAUGGGCCUGAUUUUAGAAGGCAGCAUGCUGACUCCCCUUUGAUUGGUCCAGUUGAUGAUAUUCAUUUACAAGAACAGUUUUUUAAUGGAUUGAGUCUAGAAGGUGGUCUCCUUAGCCAAAGGAGUGGUGAGAUGCCAAUAUCACAGCACAACUUGCAUCAUGUUACUAUUGCUCCAAGGUAUAAUGAAAUGGAGAGUUCAUGGAGCCCUGCAUAUUAUUCUCCUAGGCAUCAUGGACACCAUGAUCCAAGAUCAUUAUCAGAGUUUCCAAAUUCACCCCCUUCUUCGCGUUACCGUAUGCAGUUUGGGGAUUUACCCGAUAAAGGCAUGGAUAGAAUGCUUGAAGAAUGUGCUCGGUCGCAGCUAAAUCAACACACCCCUUAUGACCACCAGCCACAAUAUUCCGAAAAUGUAGUAUGGAUGCCUGCUGGAGGCGUAUGUGGUCAUAAGGGUGGUUUUCCUGGUAACUUGCCGCAUGGUCCCGGUAAUUUUGAAGGGAACAUUGUUUGUGAGCACUGCAGGGGGCCUUUCCCAAGAAAUCAAUUGCAUUUCGAGCAACCCAGCAUGGGAAACGGAGUCCCUCAGGUUGCUAAUCCUGGUGCUGACUGUCCUCCGAAUAGGGAGGCUUUCAUGCUAAACGCAGAUGCAAAGGCGCACCACCCAGUCUAUCCCAGAGAGCUGAAUGAUCCCCGAGCUGUCUACAGUGACACUCAAGGCCAUGACAGAGGAUGGAUUGUCCAGCAUCAGUUGAGUCCCUGCACUGAUGAAGCCAGAACACAUAUAUCUGGAGCCACAAGAUUCAAUGAUCAGUACAUUGUAGAUGGUCCAGGCAUGAAUUAUCCCCUUGGACAUGGAAAUUUGGUGGAUGGUCAUCAUAUGUCCUCGCACCACCAGCCUGGGCCUGAAUUGGGCAACGGUGUUUUUCACGAUCAAGGUGCAGUUGCUGUCCACAACCUACACGUUUCACCUCCUGAAGAACGUUCAGUACAGCAUGGGAAUUUUCCUUGCGCUUAUGGGCCAGAGAAUCUUCAUUCAUUGCCACAUGGACAUGCACAUCCACAGACUUUACGGAGAAAUGUUCAAAAUCCAGUGCAUGGAACUCCUUAUGAAGCGUCCAGUGCAGGUCUGCAGAUAAAUGGUGCUGUUAAUCCAUCAUUUCUUAGUGGUAGUCAAAGGAAUGGCAUUGGCAUAGAUAGUCAGCAACCUUGGGUUGAGUCCUCUCAGAAAAUGCUUGUUUUUGAUGGGACAACUUCCUUGGAAUAUUCUUAUGGUCACAUGAUGAAAUUGAAUCCAAAUACUUAUGGGCUAGAAAAUAAGCAGUCUUUUCCACCAGAACCCAUUCGACCAACACUCCCGCAUGAAAUGCUAAACUCAUCUGCAAAUAUAGCUACUUCUGGUUGCAACCCUGAGUUAUGUAAUAACACUGUUACCAAAGCAUCAAAGAUGGAGGGAAAGAUUGUCCUUGGCAUAGAAAAUCACGCAAAGGUUGAAAACUUGGAUGUGCCAAAUGUACCUUGCCCGGAGCAGGAUAUGAUUGCUGAUAUUAAUGGCCAGGCAGCAUUUCCUGAGUCUCUCAAUUCCAAUUUCUUGAGGUUAGUUGAAGAAAGUGGCGAUACAGUGAAAGCGGGAGAAAAAGAUCCUUCUGCUGUUCUUGGAGAACCAAAUCUGUCAAUUAGCCGUAUGAAUUUCUUACCUGAUUUAAUAGCUUCUGUAAAGAAGGCAGCACUGGAAGAGGCUGAAGAGGUGAAAGCUAGAGUUGAAGAAAAUGCUGAUCCUGCAAAGAAUGAUUUAGUAUCAGGAGAAAUAGAUGAAAAGGAGCCUGAAGCUGUGAACACUCAUGAAGAAGCAGAGCUGAGCUCUGACAAUGAAAAUAUAAACAACAAAAUUGAGCCGACAAAAGCCGAGGCAGAAGCUAUAGAAAGGGGAUUGCAGACAAUAAAAAAUGAUGAUUUGGAGGAGAUUCGUGUAUUAGGCUGUGGAACUUAUGGAGCUGUUCAUCAUGGGAAAUGGAAGGGUUCUGAUGUGGCUAUAAAGAGAAUAAAAGCCAGCUGCUUUGCUGGGAGACCUGCUGAAAGAGAGCGCUUGAUUGCAGAUUUCUGGAAGGAGGCUUUGAUAUUGAGUUCAUUACACCAUCCAAAUGUUGUUUCUUUCUAUGGUAUUGUUCGUGAUGGCCCUGAUGGAUCUUUAGCAACUGUUACUGAGUUUAUGGUUAAUGGAUCUCUGAAACAGUUUUUGCAGAAGAAGGACAGAACCAUUGAUCGUCGCAAGAGACUCAUCAUAGCUAUGGAUGCUGCUUUUGGAAUGGAGUAUUUGCAUGGGAAGAACAUUGUUCAUUUUGAUUUGAAAUGUGAGAAUCUGUUAGUAAAUAUGAGAGAUCCGCAACGGCCAGUUUGCAAGAUUGGUGAUCUGGGCUUGUCAAAGGUGAAACAACACACGUUAGUCUCAGGUGGUGUUCGCGGAACUUUGCCCUGGAUGGCACCUGAGCUUUUGAGUGGCAAAAACCACAUGGUAACAGAGAAGAUUGAUGUUUAUUCAUUUGGGAUUGUUAUGUGGGAAUUGCUUACAGGAGAAGAACCUUAUGCUAACAAGCAUUGCGCCUCCAUAAUUGGAGGAAUUGUUAACAACACAUUACGUCCUCAAAUUCCCACAUGGUGUGAUCCGGAGUGGAAAUCUUUGAUGGAAAGUUGUUGGUCCUCAGAUCCAUCAGAGAGACCUUCAUUCUCAGAGAUUUCUCGGAAACUGCGGAACAUGGCUACUCCAAUCAACGUGAAAUAAUUCCAGUUCUGAGGCGGUCAAUUUUCUUUUCUUGAUCGUCAUAUUGGCAGAAAAAAGGGGAAAUAAAAGUUAAUAAAUAAAAAAGACUUCUCCGUCUAAUGCCACCUUACUAGUUCUGGAAUAUUUCCAGGCUAAUAUUAUUAUUAUGCAAUCAUGAAUCUUAUAUUUAAUGUUGCUAUGAACGAGGAUUGUUCUUUUCAGAGUGCAGUUAUAAGCACACCAGAUUUUACCUGGAAACAUACAUUAUACAAAGAGGGCUGUGGAUGUACAAGCGGAAUGUUUUUACUUGUUCGAAUCGAUUGAAGUCAUUUACCUUGGGCAAUUUCUACUAUUAUAUGAUGUUGGACCAAGUUUUUUAUGAGGAGGACGUGUAUAUAUAAGUGAAAUCAUAAUCAAAGAGUUCCGAGCUAUAUCUUGAGUGAGAGAACGUUGUAUUAUGCUUUGAUUUUGGAUGAAACUUGGAACAAUUUGUUAUGAACCUUUUGCAUUACCUUAAUUCUGUUCUUUCAAAAUUACACCCAGACAUGUCUUAUACAUGUUCAAUAUAUGAUCUGGAGAUGUAAAAUGUACAUGAUUAACGUAUGAGAAAGUACUUGCAUUAUCACCAA